UGAGUCUUGAUUAAUUCACCAGACAUGGCCAUGACUCCCUGUUUCCUUGCUUUAGCCAUUUUCAUUGUUCUUUUUGUUCAAACCAUGUCAGCUGGUAUUGACCCAAAUUGGUAUGCUGCUCAUGCAACCUUCUAUGGAGACAUGAGUGGUAAAGAAACCAUGCAGGGUGCUUGUGGUUAUGGUGAUCUUUUCAAACAAGGGUAUGGGCUUAAUACCGCAGCACUAAGCACAGCACUAUUCAACCAUGGACUUACUUGUGGUGCAUGUUUUGAGAUCAUGUGUGUCAACUCCCCCUUUUGCAUAAAGAACGCAGGCACAAUCAAAAUUACAGCAACAAAUUUUUGUCCUCCCAAUUAUACCAAGAAAGUUGACAUUUGGUGCAACCCGCCACAAAAACACUUUGACUUAACCAUGAAAAUGUUCACCACAAUUGCUGCAUACCGUGCUGGGGUUGUCCCUGUUCAAUAUCGCCGUGUUCCAUGCAACAAAAUUGGGGGUGUCAAGUUUGAGCUUAAUGGGAACCCUAAUUUUUUGCUUGUGUUGGUGUACAACGUUGCAAAUGCUGGAGAUGUUUCUAGCAUGAGUGUCAAAGGAUCCGGAACAGGAUGGCUUCCAAUGUCACACAAUUGGGGACAAAAUUGGAAUGUCGGAACUAAUGUGGCAGGACAAGCCUUGUCAUUUAGGGUUACUACUAGUGAUGGUAAAACCUUGUACUUUAUGAAUGUUGUCCAUCCUCGAUGGCUAUUUGGACAGACGUACCAGUCCAACUUAAAUUUUUAG